GUCGACGGGGCGGAACCUCGGGGUAGCUGGUUGAAUUUUUAAGCUUAGCGAAGGCCUUGUCGUAACAAAUCGCUAUGGAUGCAGUGAACGAAUUCAAUAUGGAGUUGUUCUCCAUGAUUGAUGUGAAGCCUCCAGUAUCCCGUGCUAAAAUGAUGUCUGUAACAAAGUCAGCCAUCAAAGCCAUUAAGCUCUACAAACAUGUUGUCCAGAUAGUAGAAAAGUUCAUCAAGAAGUGCAAGCCAGAAUUAAAAGUUUCCGGAUUAUACGUGGUGGACUCCAUCAUUCGACAGUCACGCCAUCAGUUUGGUGUUGAGAAGGAUGUAUUUGGUCCAAGGUUUUUGAAGAACUUUACAGAUACUUUCCAAAACAUUUGUCAUUGCCCAGAGGAUGAUAAGAAUAAAAUAGUUCGUGUGCUAAACCUGUGGCAGAAGAACUUAGUGUUUGGCUUGGACAUCAUUCAGCCUUUAAUGGAUAUGGCCAAUGGCGUUGUUGUACGUCCUCCUGCUCUUGAAGCUCCUGUUGGCCACCAACCAGAAACUACACCUCCUGUUAAACCAGAAUCUACACCUCCUGUUAGUACUGCCUCUUUUGGGCCCGCAGUACCUCAGGUACCCAUGUCAGAUGCUUUAGCUGCGGUGGCACAAUUGCUUCAAUCCGCUCAAUGUCAGGAGCUACAGAUGAUGCUCCAGAACCUUCAGCAGGCAGAUAAGACUCUAGGAGCUACCACCAGUGCAGGCAACAUACAAAACCUGCCCCAGAUGCCAGAGCUCCAGCUCAACUCGCACGGCGUUGAAGCUGUAAAGAAAAGCUCUUUAGCUGAGAAACUACUUGAUCGAUUUGACUGUGAUGAUGAACUUGUGGAAAUGCCAGUUUCUGAUGUCAACAUUCAGUCACGAGGCCUUCCUGAAAAUGUGUUGAAGCAGUUUCAUGGACAGCUGCUGAACUCAGACAUUCAACUUGAUCUGAUGGGACAGACUGUGGAUAUGAAGCACAGUGGAGGGAUGAGUCGUGGGGAUCGUCAUUUGACGCCAGAUGGGUAUAACGACAUAAACGAUCCAUGUACUCAAUCACAGGAAUACUCAAGAGAAAAUUCAUCUGUGAGACAGGAGGGCAGACGAAGCUAUGGCAGGAGAUCGAGGUCUGGUUCCAGAUCUCCUAGAAGGAGGAGGUCAAGAUCGUCAUCUCUCUCAAGACGGUCAAGGCAUCGACGCUCUCCCUCCAGAGAACAGCGCAGGAGAUCUCGUUCACGUUCUCGGGAUAGAAUUGAAAGCGAUAAGGACAAAGAACGCAGGCAGAAAGGUUUUCCCAUCAUAAAGAGCCAGACACUCAGUGUUUGCACUACUACAAUUUGGGUUGGACAGCUGGACAAGAAAACUCAGCGGUCUGAUGUAAUGGCCCUUUUGGAAGAGUUUGGCCAGAUUGAGUCAAUUAAUAUGAUUCCUCCACGUGGUUGUGCCUACAUUGUCAUGGUUCACAGACAAGAUGCUUAUACAGCCUUGAAAAAACUCAGCAAAGUUUCUGCAUACAAAGUCAGUCAGAAACCCGUUAAGAUUGCUUGGGCAUUAAACAAAGGCAUAAAACCAGCACACAAAAAGUUCUGGGAUGUGGAGCAGGGAGUUACUUACAUUCCCUGGAGCAAAGUCAAAGUUGAGGAGUUGGAGGGUUAUCAAGAAGGGGGUAUGCUGGACCCAGAGACUCUAAAUCCAGAAUGGACCAACUUCAAGGAACUCAACAACCAGGCAGUUGUAAACGGAGCAUUGGAAAUGGUACCGGAUCUGACUCACUCUGCUCACAUUCAGAUGCCAACAGUUCAGCAGGCAGAACCUAUUGGAAGUCCACCUCCUUUUCACAGCCCCAUCAUGCUUUCUCCAACAUCCAUUCCUCCUGUAGGAGCUCCAUUCAUGCCUGUAGACUUUGCUGCUGCAACCCUAGCAGUAGCAAGAAAUAUCAACGCUCCAGAGGAUUCCAUAGAAAAUUCCACCGGAGGCUACAAUCCCUGCUCAGCUCUAAACACUAGCAACCAGCUGGGGUCUCCAGCAGCGCAGGUCAUGCCAAACCCUGCAGUUAUGCAUCGACCCCCCCGACCAUGCAUGCCACCUUUGCAGCCGCCACCUGGAAUGCCAAAUCCUCACAUGCGACCCUUCCCCUCACCUCAAAACAUGCAGCACAUGCCUCCGCAAAUGAUACAAAGAGGAGGGCCGAUGUUUCCACCUGAUAGAUUCAGAAUGCCCAUGCCCUUCCCACCUCGCGGUCCUCCUUUUCAAAGAUUUCCACCACCGAGACCUGAGAUUAUGGAGGACGGGGAGAGGGGGCAUUUCAGAACUGAGGGACCAGGACUCAGAUUCCCUCGUUUUAAAAGAGGGGGGUGGUAA